GGCUCCGCCGGGUCGUUUGCUCCUUGGCAUGAGCGCGGGUGGCUCCGGCGCCGCCGCCGCCUCCUCAGCGCGUUAGCGUUGCGCCAUGAGGCUGUGUGGGGCGCUGCUGAAGAGCCCCAUCCCCAAGCAGAUCGAGUACUACUCGCGCUUCUCCCCCUCGCCGCUCUCCAUCAAGCAGUUCCUCGACUUCGGUCGUGACAAUGCAUGUGAGAAGACUUCCUACAUGUUUCUGCGGAAAGAACUUCCUGUGCGGCUAGCUAACACCAUGAGAGAAGUCAAUUUGUUGCCUGAUAACUUACUUAACAGGCCUUCAGUUGGGCUAGUGCAGAGUUGGUACAUGCAGAGUUUCCUUGAGCUUUUAGAAUAUGAAAAUAAAAGUCCUGAGGAUCCUCAUGUUCUGGAUGACUUUUUAGACGUUUUAAUUAAAGUCAGGAACAGACACAAUGAUGUGGUUCCAACCAUGGCGCAAGGGGUGAUUGAAUACAAGGAAAAAUAUGGCUUUGACCCAUUUGUUAGCAGUAACAUCCAGUAUUUUCUAGAUAGAUUCUACACCAACCGCAUCUCUUUCCGUAUGCUUAUUAACCAACACACGCUUCUUUUUGGAGGAGACAUUAACCCUGCUCAUCCCAAACAUAUUGGAAGUAUUGAUCCUAAUUGUAAUGUGGCAGAGGUGGUUAAAGAUGCUUAUGAAACAGCUAAGAUGUUAUGUGAACAGUACUAUCUGGUGGCACCUGAUCUGGAAGUUGAAGAAUUCAAUGCUAAAGCUCCAAACAAGCCUAUUCAAGUAGUCUAUGUACCUUCUCACUUGUUUCAUAUGUUAUUUGAAUUAUUCAAGAAUUCAAUGAGAGCUACAGUGGAGUUGCACGAAGGUAAGAGAGAAGGCUAUCCAUCCAUCAAAACCUUAGUCACUUUGGGGAAAGAAGAUCUAUCUAUUAAGAUAAGUGAUCAAGGUGGAGGUGUGCCUUUAAGAAAAAUAGACAGAUUGUUUAACUACAUGUACUCAACAGCACCCAGGCCUAGUUUGGAGCCCACAAGAGCAGUUCCUUUGGCUGGAUUUGGCUAUGGCUUGCCAAUUUCUCGUCUGUAUGCUAGGUACUUCCAGGGUGACCUAAAACUCUACUCAAUGGAAGGUGUUGGAUCAGAUGCUGUAAUUUAUUUGAAGGCCCUUUCAAGUGAAUCAUUUGAAAGACUUCCUGUUUUUAAUAAGUCGGCGUGGAGGCACUACAAGACCACACCUGAAGCAGAUGACUGGAGCAAUCCUAGCAGUGAACCAAGGGAUGCUUCUAAAUACAAAGCUAACCGAUAAUUUGCCACCUUUUGUCUCUGCUGGAGAUGACCUCUGCAUUCAGUAUCAAGUCUCUGCUUUGUUCCAAAAUCCUCCAAACCACAAUAGCUAAUUACUUCCAAACAAAGACCUAAUCAGGGCAUUAAAAGUAGUAAGAACAAAGUGAUGAUUGGGACUUACAGGAGGCACUAAGCACGUUUGGGAUGUGAAUCCUGCCUAUUUCACCAGUAUAUGCUUGGUUGCUUCAGUCAUGCAUUGACAAAAGGGAUUGCACUUAAGUAUACACUGUUGUGACAAAAGAUACUAUUUUAAGUGCCAAGUUUUAUUCCACUAAGGAUUAGCAAAUUGUGCAGAAUCCCUUUAAAUGGUGAAUAGCAUCUUGCACAGCAAUGUGGUGUGAGAGAUUCUAGUCUAGUUAAGCUUAUGCUUUGAAAAUCCACCUUUUGCUGCAUUUUAUUUUGCGGUGUCACCUCUUACAGAAAAUCCCUUUGAGCUCUUUAGAUCUCAUAUCUGAUGAGCUUAGAAAUGUGUAGUUCUGAAAAGGGUUGUACAGCUUUAAACCAAUACUUUUCCCAAAUUCCCCAAGCCAUUUUUGUCCAGUGCAUACAGAAAUUAUGUUGGUAUAAGACAUUGGGAAUUCCACUUUUUGGUAUACAUUUUAAUGAUUUUCUUGACACAGAAACACAACAGCAUUUUUAAACUUUCCCUGUUGUUCAUGAAAGAUCAUCAUCUCUCCAUACAAAAAAAUCCUGUCGGUGUGAGAGCAGGAGGUAAAUUUUGUAUUUGUUGCUUGUAAUCUCUGGGGCAGCUGGGAAAAGGGGGAGAAACCUGAAAGGCCAGACAGCCAGUCAUACACAUAAAUUUGCCUUAAGAGUGUUGGUUGCUUGGAACCUGAUUAGCUUAAAACCUGUAAAUAGUUUGCAAAGUUAUUUAUAUAUUCAAUGUUUGACAGUAGUCUGAUAAUCUGAAUUUGUAGUGUAUAUAAAGAUGUUGUACACCAGCUUUUGGAAAGCGUCAUUGAUCUGAAUAAAUGAAACUGGAAUUAUCACAGAAAUGGGAAGGGCAAAACAAUUGGUACCCAUCUGAAAGGAAACAAAAUUAAAGAGGAAAAAACUAAGUGUCAUCUCCUCAAAUUUCUUGUGAGGGUUUAUUGCUGAGCAUUAGGAAACUGCUCUUCACCAGGCCUCUGCCAAAUACCAUUUCUGCAACCAUGGCCUUUCAGAAGAAUCUGUGAGGUUCCAAAGUUCUGCUGAUAAAAUAGCCACAGGAAUAAAAUAGAUGAGUUGUAAGCAACUCUGCACCCUCAGUUUCUUCUAGAUUUUUUUUUUUUUUUUUUAAAGACAUUAAAGAUUUUAGCAUGGAAAACUGAAACUUGUUUCCUAGCAUUCUGGGGAACUGUCCGUGUCCUCCCAAUGUUCAUUUCCUUUUGUAGAGGACUGGCCUGUUAGCUAAGCAGGGAAAUGCUGAGAGAUUCCUAGAUAUUUUUUUAAAGAAUACCCUUAGUUUAACUUAAUGAUAGUACUUAGAAUUUGCAUAGCACUCUUCAUCAGAGAAUAGUAGAGCACUUUGAGCAAUAAGUUACAUGUAGACUCAUUUCUGAAAAGUCAGAGGCCCUGCCUUACAAACUGAUUCUCCCAGCUGUCGCAGUCAGUUCAAGAAUUUGUAUAGGGAUGGUCGUGAAUUUGCAGGGCUUGGGUUAUUGUAAGCAUCUCUGCACUGUACAUUUAAGUCACACUGGAUUGCCAGGUUGCUCUAGCAUGAUCUUGAAUGUGACUGCUGAGUGCUGCAACCUGCUUCAGAGGCCCAAACAGCAGAGUGGCUGCUGGAGCUGCCUGGUGCUGGCUGUGAGCAGAGCCCUUCCGAGCCUGGAAAUGGAGUGCUCUGAUGGGGCUGUUUGUUCCCAGCCAGACUUCUGCAACACUUCUUGGGAAACCCUUGCAGGCACAGUGAGGGUGCAGCUCGUGUGAUCCCCAGAGCAAUAACUUCCUAUGACUGUAGGCACGGCUGCAGGGAAGGCAGAUUGCUAUUGGAGUGAUACAGCCAUGUGGCUGUAGCUAAAUCAGUGUAGUAGUCCAACUGAGAUUUCAGGUGGAAGCUGUACCAACUGCAGUGUAGCCGGUUAACUUCUGCCCUUGCCCAUAGCUUCUUACUGCCUCUUGAAAUUGUUUCAAGCUGUGUGUGUUUUUCCACUCAUCACAGAAGGUGGCUUACUUAAAAGCAGAUGUUUGUGACAAAACUAGCGUUUUCCCAGUUGCGUGUGGUCAGUUUUUCCUAGAAGGUGACCAAAAGCAUUCUAUGAAAUAUGAAGCUGAAACUGAGCUUUUGUUGGAACUCAGAUUUUGUAGUAGUAAAUUUGCCCCCCUCAUACGCGAAGAGGAGAAGGAACAGAAAGAAGAGAAAGGAUGCAAAUGUUGAAGUUUGAUUUUGCGGAGUGACUCUAAAUGAAAGUAAAAACACAGUGGAGGAUUAUAUUUUGAUAGUCCCUUCUCUUUCUUCUCAAAAACAACUAGCUGACUUUCAGGACUGAAGCGCCCUGGUACUUGAAAGCUAAAGUCCUCCUGAUGUGGUAACUACUUCUGGGAGCCCUGAGCGUGUACAAACUGCCCAGAGCAGGGAAACAGAAAAUGCGUUCCUUGUGCUCUUUCCCUUUUCCAAAGUCUGCCCUCAGGCAUCACACUGAAUAUAGAUGAGAAACAGCUUUACUCCUCUCCAACAUUGACUCAGCAGCUUGUAUGUUCUACAGUUCUGCAGCUCUCAGGUAUGCUGUAAAUUGGUCUUUGCUUGUCCUCUUGCCACUCUUCUACGCAGGAGUAUUAGUCUGAAAAUGGUCUUAGGAAGCAGCAGCAGCAGGCCUUGACAUGCUUUCCAAUGGAUUUUCCUCAAAAAUGAGGGUGGGUAGCUUUUAACUACGCCUAACUUAACUGCACACUCUUUUUCACUUACUGCUACCUUUAAUUAGUAUCAGUCAUAUCUAUGUAUUUUAAUAUUUUGGGGCAGGUAAUUCCAAACUUAACUUUCUGAUGGUAUCAAGCUAUGUCUUUUUUAAUGGAUUUCAGAUGUGUGUUAAUGCUGCUGCAACUUGUUUGUCUUGGGUUACGGGACACAGUAAAUAGGAAAACAUGUUUUCCAUGAAAAUACCGUGUAUUCCUUGUGUUUAGUGCUUAACAGAACAAACUGAGCAAGAGGUGUGUCCUGCUUGAUUCUCCCUGGGAGUUUACAAACAACUUCUGUAUGCUGUACUGUGACGGAAUAGUUGAACUUGUUUUCCUCCAAUGUCUGUUUUUCUGGUGCAUCUGUCUUGAACGUACAGAAAUAAUGCCCUGUCUAGCUGAAUGUUAAUGGAUACUGAAGCCUCUCCAAAUUGCAUACGUAUCUCUGCUCCCUGUUUUCUCUACGCUUUGUUUCGAGGCUAACAAGGCAUCUCUGUAGGAGUUGGCAUUUGACAAGAAAGAUCCUGGAGUGCUUCUUUUAGAACACUGAGGUGCAGUCUGUGUCUCUGAACUUAGCUGUGAUGGCAAAAGUCUUUGUCCUGCUGCACUUUGUGCCAUCUCUUGGGCAGCGUUUAGGGCAGCUCCCUUGGGGCGUGCAUAAAGAAUAUGUUAAUUCUGGUGUUCUUGGAAAACUCAAGCCACUUCUUGUCUAUGUAAACUAUACUUGAUGCUGCAACUGGGUAAUGUCAUUUCCUUUCUCCUCGGUGACAUGUGGAAUGUUUGCUUUGCUUAAACAACUGUUCACUCAGUCCACAAAGUAAAUAGGUUGACCAUCCUGGAGUGUAGUACAAUCCUCUGUUCGCCUCAAGCCAGACUGUUUUUGUGAAACCCUGACCUCAUUCAUACAGAAAACACCUUUAGUAAGUGUUUCUAGAUCCAUACAUGUUUAAUGCUGCUAAAUGCUAAGUGAUCUUAAGUGAUAUAAGCCAUUCUGUAGAAAACAAACGAAAUGUUUAUAGUUAGUGUUUAUCUCCUUGCAAUAUCCAGGUCUGACUGCAAGAUAUCCAAUUAGUUUGCAUGUUCCCUUGGUUGCCGUACAGGUGCUGUGGUUCCUGGUGGCUCUUACCUCCUCUUUUUGCCAUACUCACUCGUCAUGAAUGAAUAUACCUACAUGUGUCUUUGCAGAACUUGGGAGAAUGUGAUGGCACAUGACAGAAUGGUGUAUUUUUGAGCUAGAGGUGAGGAACACAGGCAUAAACUGUGCAGCGACUUCACGGCAGAAUACUUGCACAUGCAGCAGCUUAUCAGAGUAAUCCCCCUUUGGUGAAUCUGUUCUCAGGAUCAGCUGUUGGCGUUAAUUUGAAGCAAUGAAGAUUCAUGAACUAAAGUAUCUCUCUAAUUGAAAACAAAUGAGCAGAUUAAAGUUCGCAUAAAGUACCGCAUACUGCGGUAUUAAGUUGCCUUAAAAGAUCUCAGAAGUUGACAUAGAGAACUCAUUUCUUAAGUUUGGAGACUGGUUUGGUAGGAUCGGUGUAUUUGUGAUAAUUCUAUCGUUGUCGGACUCUCACUAAAUUCAUUAUUGAGAUUCUUCCUUUCAAUUGAAUACAUCUGAGAGGUGCCAGACUGACAGUCCUUUGAAGUUCACCUGCUGUGUCUGCAGACUGCACUGACAGGCAGCGGCAGGGCAGGUUUCCUGGUGCUGCUGCCAGAACCCAGCUCUUCAGCAGGAGCUGACCUUACCAAAACUUGCUGGCUUGCCCUUCUCUGCUGAGCUGUUGACAAUGUGCUGAGUUUGUGCCAGCUGUACUGGGGUUUGAUGUGGGAUUCUGACAGUGGGAAUCAAUUGAAUUCAUUUUCAGCAUCUGUUACGGGCAGAAGUCCUGUGGUGCCUGCUCAUGUACCAUGCCCAGCACCCACGGGGUUACAUGCUGCCAUUCCUUUGAGGUAGCAGCAUUGGUUUCAACUGAGGUUGCAGUGAAGUGGGAAGGUCUUUCUUCAUGAGAUUACUUGAUGUUUUCAAUCCGAUUUUGAGUCGUCUUGUAAUUUGCAUUGGAAUUGUUUCUAGUCUGAUACCCAUGUAUAUAAUUUGUGUACACUCUUAUUUUCCUUUUCUUUUCCAUUGCUGACAAAUAAAAAUAUCUAAAAACAA